GCGGGCCCCACCCGGCUGUGGUCCGAGCCCGGCCACCCUUGCAGGUCAGGUGCCCCGUGCCCAGCGCCCCGCGCCCUGCCUGGCCCCCUGCGCUCAACGCCCCGCCUGGCCCCGACUAUACCGCCUCGCCCCAGUGUGCCCGGACCCGACACCCUGUCUUGUCGCCUUCUUUUCCCUCGGAGGACCGGAAAGAGCAGCCCCGGGGGCCGGGCCAGGGCCUGCACACCCCUAGAAAGGAGCCGGUGUGAUCCUGACAGGCAGAGAUGGGGAAAAAACUGGAUCUUUCCAAGCUCACGGACGACGAGGCCAAGCACAUCUGGGAAGUGGUUCAGCGGGACUUUGAUCUGAGAAGGAAAGAAGAGGAAAGGCUGGGGGGACUGAAGGACAGGAUUAAGAAGGAGAGCUCCCAGAGGGAGCUGCUCUCGGAUGCCGCCCACCUGCAUGAGACCCACUGCGCCCUCUGCCUGCAGCCCUACCGGCUCCUCGUGGCCCCCAAGAGGCAAUGCCUGGACUGUCACCUCUUCACCUGCCAAGACUGUAGCCACGCCCACCCGGAGGAGGAGGGCUGGCUCUGUGACCCCUGCCACCUGGCCAGGGUUGUGAAGAUGGGCUCACUGGAGUGGUACUACGGGCACCUGAGAGCCCGCUUCAAGCGGUUCGGGAGUGCCAAAGUGAUCCGGUCCCUGUGCGGGCGGCUGCAGGGUGGAGGUGGGCCUGAGCCAAGCCCUGGAGAGGGAAGUGGAGACAGUGAGCAGACAGAAGAGGAUGGAGAACUGGACACAGUGGCCCAGGCCCAACCCCUUGGGAGCAAAAAAAAGCGCCUCUCCAUUCACGGCUUGGACUUUGAGGCAGACUCUGAUGGCUCGACUCAGUCCUGCGGUCACCCCCCAUAUCUGUCCCCAGUCCCGAUGGCCACAGACAGCAUGCAGGCCCUCACAGGUGAACCCCGUGCCAAGGACACCUCCCAGGAGACCGUGGUCCCGGAAGAGGCUGAUGUCGGUGCCCCUGGACGCCACCCUCAUCCAGAAGAGCAGACAGACAGCCUCUCAGCUGCCAGACAGGACACCCUCACUGAGCCCCACUUCCCCAGACAGUCCUGCACAACAGCCCUGGGGUCGGCUGUCACACCCGGUCCGGGCGUCAGCAGCAGUGAGCGGCUCUCCUCCUGGUACCCGGCUGACGAAGGCACCUCCGAUGACGAGGACACCGGGGCUGAUGGUGUGGCCUCCCAGAGCCUCACGUGGAGGGACUGCGCCCCGGCUGAGAGUCAGCAUCUCACCGGCCACCAGCCCACAGACGCCGACAGAGAAGAAGAGACCCUAAAGAGGAAGCUGGAGGAGAUGACCAGCCACAUCAGUGACCAGGGGGCCUCGUCCGAGGAGGAGGGGAGCAAGGAGGAAGAGGCAGGACUGAACAGGAAAACCUCCAUCGAGGGCCUCCCUGGGGCAGCCCCAGAGGUGCUCAUGGCUGCGGGCCAAAUGUCCAGACAGGAAACAAGCCCCCGGGGUCCUCAGGAACUCAUGCAGCCCGGCAGAACCACGGACCAGGAGCUGCUGGAGCUGGAAGACAGAGUGGCCGUGACGGCCUCCGAGGUUCAGCAGGUGGAGAGUGAGGUUUCUAACAUCAAGUCCAAGAUUGCCGCCUUGCAGGCUGCCGGGCUCUCGGUGAGACCCUCGGGAAAUCCCCAGCGGAGGUCCAACCUCCCGAUAUUUCUUCCCCGACUCGCUGGGAGAUUGGACCAGACCCCUAAGGAUCCAAACACAGGGCCUUCGGAUGAGGUCAAGGUGAUGACUGCACCCUACCUUCUGAGAAGGAAGUUCAGUAAUCCCCCAAAAAGUCAAGAUAAGGCUGGCGACUCCUUUGACCGGCAGUCAGCGUACCGCGGAUCCCUGACGCAGAGAAACCCCAACAGCAGGAAGGGAGUGGCCAACCACAGCUUUGCAAAACCCGUGAUGACCCAGCGGCCCUGAAGGGGGGUUGUCAGAAGAGGACGGAGCGACCCCGGAGCCCCGGCUUUCCCUCCACCUCAACCAUCACAUUCCUCCGCCUGCCGUGCACUUUGUGCUGCACUCAGUCCAGCAGAGAGACGCGACAGAACAGCGUCCGUAAUGGAACCCCACCUGCGAGGGGACUGCCGUCGUCAGACCUUCAGCUAUUUGCCCACGUUCCCUGACGCCCUCCAACACCACCCCUGCCGGCCUGCUCUGAUCUGUGAGAAACAUCUAAGCUGACACUCUUUCCUUUAGGACCGUGUUCAACUUUUUGGAGGACACAAAGUGGAAUGUUCUCAGUGUCAUCUUUCAGCCCUUUCCCUGCUGGCUGGGACAGUAAAGGGCUGGCCCCGCGUAGCACCUGCUAUGUGUGUGCCCCACACCGUACCGGAGCACGAGCAGGUGUGUGUGUGUGCGCGUGUGUGCAGUCAGACAAGGAAAUUGGGCGUCAAGGCAAGUGACUGAACUCAUGGCCAGCUGACAGAGAGGGAUUGAUUCCCGCCCCCCGCCCCUCACACCUAUUCUGCAAGUUCAUCUGUGGCUCACAGACCAGGAGAAAUUCCACUGGGGUCAAGGGCAGAGCAAGCACUUGGUAGCUGGUGAGCAUCUGAUCGAUGUCCAAGUGCAGGUACAGAGGACCUGCUGGAGAGGUGGACGCUGGGGCUCUAGACAGGCAGGACGGCGGGUUCCAGCCGGCACUGCCACUCCUGCGGUGGCAUCCAGUGGGACAGGGGAGCAGGACCGCUUAGUGAUGCCUGCUGCCCACCUGUCGUCAGUCUUGUAGGUGAGCUCCGAGUGCUCCUCCACCAGGACAGCCUGGGAUUCGGGGUUACUUCUGGGCAUCUGUGUGGCUUAUCCAGCUUUAAGGGGAGCCCACUGGGACCCUUGGGGCUGCCCUGGAACAUAGUAAUGGUAAUGGCACUCCCCCCCAACUGAGCAUCAUUACAUGCUUCCCAGAGACUCUUUACUCCUUGGGUUAAAUUUAAGCCAAUUUUUUUAGGUUACUUAUUUUGUGAGAAAGAGAGAGAACAUGAGUUGGGGAGGGGCAGAGAGAGAGAGAGAGUGAGAGAGAAUCCCAAGCAGGCUCUGCGCUGUCAUCGCAAGGCCCCACGUGGAGCUCGGUCCCACCCACUGUGCGAUCGUGACCUGAGCUGACAUCCAGAGUUGGACACUUAACCGACCGGGCCACCCAGGCGCCCCACUUUUAAGCCCAUUUUGCAGAAGGGGACACUGAGCCCUGUGUGUGAGGCAGCCAGCCCUGGGAGCUAGAGGCUACCACGUGAUACUUUCUAAAGUGACUUUGGGCCAGCUUGAACUUUUCUCUCUUAAACUGCUCGGGGACGGAAGGGAACGAAAGGCAGGUGGAGAAGCAAGGGGAGCGAGCGAGCCUGUCUUCUGACCUGACGGGGGUCAGAGUCCCACCCCCACCCACCGCCGUGCGGACCCUGGACCGCUAGCUCUGUGUUUCCACUGAGCCCAAAGGCGACGGCCGCAGAGCUCACGCCGUCCCCAGGCCCGCCCGCGGGUUUCAGAAAUCAAUUUGAACGACUGGGCUUCAGGUUAUGCUGGGGUCUGUAGAAAAGACAGACGUGAGGCCCCUUCUCUGGAUGGAAGCUGGUGCAAAUACGUAGCUCCUAAUUCAGUGCUAAAAACGAUUAAAAGCUUCCUACAAAUGAAAGGAGAUCAAUGGGGAGGGGGGGGUACACCUCUCCUUAUCCACAAAGUAAAUCAAAGUCAACGUGAGUUCCUAGGAGUUAGAGAGGAGACGGUCUGCCGGCCGUGUGUCCCCGAGUGUUCAUGUAAUAGGGACAAAGGGUCCCAGGUACUACUUGUUCCUACCGGAGGGCUUUAUUAGCCACGUUCGUUCCUCCACUGCCGACUCGAGCGCCAUCAGAGCGAGAGCACGUACUCAUUCACUCAUUCACUCGUUCACUCAGCGGCACCACAGAGGCCCGGUGACCUGUGCUGACCUGGCGGGCGUCCUCCCAGCCCCCAGCACCGGUCCCUCCACCCCUCCAAAGCUCCUCUCCAACCCCCAUCAAGCCCCACGGCUCUGCGCACCUGUGGGCUGGAAGUGCAGCCAAUUCCACACCGGAGACCAGCCACCCCCUCC